CCCAACAUCCCCCGCGCUGCAGCGAGAGCCUCUACCGGGUCGGCCGCCGCUGGUUCUGCACCGGCUGCUCCCGCAGCUGCCUUCGGCUCCGCCAUGGCCGCCUACAGCAAGUUUCUCACCGCACGUUACUCCACUAUAGCCGGCGGAGCUGCUGCCGCUUGCGCUCUUCUCUGCCUGCUGAGCAAACGGCGGGGGGCGGCUGCCCAGCACGGAAAGAAAAGUGGAAAAAUAUUACCCAGCAAUGAGAAAGAAGUUAAGAAAGAGCGAGCUGUAGUAGACAAAGUUUUCUUUGCAAGAAUAUGUCAAAUCUUGAAAGUGAUGGUCCCUAGAACAUUUUGUAAAGAGACAGGUUAUUUGGUACUUAUUGCCAUUAUGUUGAUACUUCGCACGUACUGUGAUAUUUGGAUGAUUCAGAAUGGAACAGUUAUUGAGAGUGCUAUCAUUGGCCGCAGUAGAAAAGAUUUCAAGAGGUACUUGUUCAACUUCAUCGCUGCCAUGCCUGCUAUUUCCCUGGUGAAUAACUUCUUGAAGUAUGGGCUAAAUGAACUUAAGUUGUGUUUCCGUGUGAGACUCACAAAGUACCUUUAUGACCAGUAUCUUCAGGCUUACACAUAUUACAAAAUGGGGAAUCUAGACAACAGAAUAGGUAAUCCUGAUCAGCUGCUAACACAAGAUGUGGAAAAAUUUUGUAACAGUGUAGUAGACCUAUAUUCAAACCUUAGCAAGCCAUUUUUGGAUAUUGUUCUGUAUAUCUUCAAGCUAACAAGUGCAAUAGGAGCGCAGGGUCCUGCUUCCAUGAUGGCCUACUUGAUUUUUUCAGGCUUUUUCCUCACACGUUUAAGAAGACCCAUUGGUAAAAUGACUAUCACAGAACAAAAAUAUGAAGGAGAGUACAGAUUUGUCAAUUCACGACUCAUUACAAACAGUGAAGAAAUUGCUUUUUACAAUGGGAAUCAAAGGGAAAAGCAGACAAUUCACAAAGCCUUCCGUAAACUGGUAGAGCACUUGCACAAUUUCAUUUUGUUCCGGUUUACUAUGGGCUUUAUAGAUACCAUUGUUGCCAAAUAUCUUGCUACUGUAGUUGGCUAUUUGGUCGUUAGCCGUCCAUUUUUAAACUUAUCUCAUCCUCGUCAUCAGAAUAGUAGCCACGCAGAACUUCUGGAGGAUUACUAUCAGAGUGGAAGAAUGUUGCUGAGAAUGUCUCAAGCUCUUGGCAGGAUAGUUUUGGCAGGUCGUGAAAUGACACGACUGGCUGGUUUCACAGCUCGGAUUACAGAAUUAAUGCAAGUUUUGAAGGAGUUAAACAGUGGCAAAUACCAGCGGACCAUGUUAUCACAAGAAAAGGAUGCAAAUCUAGAACAAGUGGUCCCACUGAUUCCUGGCGCUGGACGAAUUGUCAUUGCAGAUAACAUUAUCAAGUUUGAUCACGUUCCACUGGCAACACCGAAUGGUGAUAUCCUACUUAAAGAUCUCAACUUUGAGGUACGAUCUGGUGCAAAUGUUCUGGUUUGCGGGCCAAAUGGGUGUGGAAAAAGUUCACUCUUCCGUGUCCUUGGUGAGUUGUGGCCUCUUUUUGGCGGCUGUCUAACUAAGCCGGAGAGAGGAAAAUUAUUCUAUGUUCCCCAGAGACCAUAUAUGACCCUUGGAACUCUCAGAGACCAAGUAAUUUAUCCAGAUACUGUAGAAGACCAGAGAAGGAAAGGAAUCUCUGACCAGGUGCUAAAGGAGUAUUUAGAUAAUGUUCAGCUGGGGCCGAUCCUUGAACGUGAAGGAGGCUGGGACAGUGUUCAAGACUGGAUGGAUGUUCUCAGUGGAGGAGAGAAACAGAGGAUGGCGAUGGCCAGGCUGUUUUACCAUAAACCCCAGUUUGCAAUUCUGGAUGAAUGUACCAGUGCCGUUAGCGUUGACGUAGAAGGUUAUAUCUAUAGCCACUGCCGUAAGGUUGGCAUCACUCUUUUCACUGUGUCUCACAGAAAGUCCCUCUGGAAACAUCAUGAAUUUUAUCUCCACAUGGAUGGAAGAGGAAACUACGAGUUCAAAAAGAUUACUGAGGACACCAUUGAAUUUGGGUCUUAAAUCUCCUAAGUUCCCCGCACACAGCCUGCCACAUGCUACUUCAGUGACAGAGAACAGCACAAGGCAUAUAAAGACUCUAACAUACUGACACGAUUUGGCUUCUUCAGCUCAGUAACUAGGAGCAGAAUAACACACUAUCUAGAACAAGCAGUCAGUGCAUUUAAUAUUAUGUUGACUACGACUCAUUUGUGUAUAUGUUGGUUUAAUUAUUAAUAUGUACUAAGAAUAUCCAUAUUCUUAUGGUUUUUAAAAGCCUGCCUAAAUUAAAUUGGGCCUAAGUCUCUGUAAUUUUGAUUCAUCUUGGGAUGUAAACUUACUGAAGUCAACUCAUUGGACUUCUUUUGGACCUCCACUUCCCCUGGGGAAGAAACCUUGGGUCACUACCUCCUCUGAGCCCAGUACAACACAUAGCAUUUUUGUGUCAUAUCCUGGUGCAUCAAUUGAUGAUACCAAAUAUUACGCUCUUUUCAGGGUAGUACUAGCCAAAACUGCUGCGGCAUUAAAAGGGUGCUGAACCAUUCCUUUUGCUAAGGUUGUGGUGAAGCUCUGCUUGGAAUAGUACUGGCUUCAGGGGAAAAUUGAGACCCAAAGCUGCUUUUAUAACUUCUAAAGAGAUGAGUUUAUUCCAGUGGAGAUCUUGGGUCCCGUUAUCUGUUCACAACUUCCCAGUGCGCCUGUUCAACAAAAAAUAAGCAGUGCUGUUUCAUUUUGUCUUGUUCUCAUGGUCGGAAUCAUUUGAUAGCUCUGGGAAGCUGUGUACAAGUUCUAGAUAAAAUACUGUAGAAAUAUGCAGCGUGGAUUAAGAUUUGUCAGAAGGUUAUAUUUGCAUACAGGAUGAAUUUUUUAAGUGCAUGUUUGAUUUUUUUAAAUAAUGUGUAAUGCCUGAGACACAGCAAAGCCGUUCAGUACUGAUUUUAGGGUUGCUUGAUCUUUUCUUUUUCACUUCCUGUGAAUGAGUUCCAUAAACACUAUUUAAUUCUUAACCAUAGAUGAGCACUUCCCAAACUGGUAUGAGGUAAUUGCAAACUCCUACAUGCUGGUAAGGCUAUAUAUAAUAGACUUCUAAAAGUAUUAAUUUUCCCCUGGAAGCAAUUCCUGUUGCCACAUGAUGAUAGGGGAUCAUUGCCUAGAGUUAACCAUAUAGUUGGAACUGGAAAGACUGGUUGGCGAAACUGUACUAAGCUGCCGUUUAGACUAGACUCUAUACAAUCCUUAAAAACCUCUGCAAUAUGACAAAGUCUGGGUAUGUGGUACUGUCCAUAUGGUGUAAUAUAAAAAUACAGUACAUGAAGGCAUGCAGUACAUGAAGGCAUACACUACAUAUGCAAAUAAACGUGGUAUCUCUUCUUCACUAUGAAGUAAAUAUGAGUUCUUUGUGAUUGCACAUCAGAUGCAUAUUAACUCCCUUUCAUAGUAAGACUGCUACCUAUCACAGUUCCAAACUCCAAGUAGAGUUUGUACUUCUCAUACUGUUCCCAAGUCCAGAGUAAACUAGCUGUAAGGUUAAAAGCAACUUAGGUCAGAACAUCAUUUUACACUUGUCUUAUUCACUAUGGCAAAGAGGUGGCCUUCUGCACCUGUUACCUGUUCAAAUAAUUGUACAGACUGAUUUGGAGGUUGGUUGUGCUAGCUGACACAUGCAUACAGUGGAAUGAUAUAUUGAUGACCAUAUCAUAACACACAAGGUUAACAUGCUAUCGCAUGUAGAUCAGCUGGCAUAAUAGAUUGGGCAGAGUUCUUGAAGUAAAUGCAACCCAUAUAAUCCCUGUUUUUUGGAUUAACUAUUUUAGUGGCUCUUCUAGAGAGACUGGCUUUCUCAGACACAACUGUUUCUAAGGAACUGCUAUAUUUUUAGAGUGGAAAAGCUGCUUUUUAAAUAUUUGUAUUCUUUUUCCAGAGAAGUCUGCACUAAACUUGCCUAAUAGCUAGAAUUGGUUUUUUUUAAGAAUGUUAUAUUUUUAGAAAGCACCCAUUAUCUAUCAUUUGCAGAAUGUCUGGAAGGAAUGCAGUUCAAGACUGGUCAAUAGCAACACUGAAGCACAAAUAGAGUUAAUUUUGCCUGUCAGACAGCGGAUUAACUUUGGUAGCCAUCGACCUGUGAAACCAGUCCACUGACUUGAACGCUGGAUAAGAUGUCAAGAGGAAUUGGGUAUUCAGAUAUAGCCUAUCCUUUUUAAUACCAAGUUCCAAUUCUGUCAUCAAAAUAGGCUUGAACCCAUGUGAAGCCAAGUAUGAAUGCACUACGAACUAGAGCAGUGCUCAGUGGAAGCGGUUUUUUGGGAUUAUGCUUUUUAGUGCAAACAUUUUCAAAUAUUGUGUGAAAAAAAUCCAGAUACAUGGUUCAACUAUGAAUUUGUGCUAUGUUUUUGUACGUUGAUUGUUGAUUAUAUGAUUGUUUAAACUGGAAGUUUUGGCGAGAUGGGGAAAAUGGACAAGAAUGGAGCAUCCCUAUGUCUCAUAUAGAAUUUUGGCCAGGUGUUAUUUGGUGCUCUGGUAAUCACAGAUGGCUUCUAUUUCAAUGGGAGAUGAUUGCUGUACUUUAUUUGUAGCUUGUAAAGCGCUUUAGGAGGAAAAGCGCUGUAUAAAUGUAAGAUUUUUCUAUUUAAGUGCCUCUGGAAUAAUAAAUCUGAAACAAAACAA